AUGUUCUCGUCCUCCUCCCACCAUCCGUCCCCCUCCCCCCGCCCGAUCCUCAAGCGCGCCCCCAAGUCGAGCAACCACGCCGUGCACUUCCCGCCCUCCCCGACCCUCACCCGCACCUUCUUCGCCCACUCCUCGUCAUCCUACGACCGCUCGCCGAUCACCGUCGCCCCCAACGCGUGCGCCAUGCCCGAACGCGGCUGCCCCGGGCGCACCUACGUCCCCGGCACGACGGACGAUCACUCGGGACGCCACCUCCACCCGCGCGUCGUCGCGACCUCCUCCGGGCUCGCGAACGUCAUCUCCGCCAGCGACCGCACCCCGCGCACGUCCGCCUCCACCUCCUCCCCCGGCCCGCCUCCCCCGCUCAUCCCCGACCUCUCCUCGGAGUCGGACGAAUCGGACGGGUUCGCGUCGCCCCCGCAGCUCUUCGUGCGCCAGUCCACCGGCGGCGGCCCCCUCCGCGCGAUGUUCGACGGCCUCAGCCUCAGCGACGAGAACGCGCGCCGCUUCCUCCCGCACUCGCUGCCUCCCGCCGCCGCCGUCGCCACCACGCCCGAACAGCAGCGCCAUCCGCGCUACGACCCCCGCCAACAGCCGUGGGACGGCGCGUCGGCGGGCCCUAAAGCGAAGAAGCGCAGGGACGGCAAGCACCGGCGUCUGCAUGUCGGGCGCGAGGCGGACCCGCUGGAGGACGAGGAGGACGAGGAGGGCGACCACCGCGCGCUGGACGAGGGCUCGUACAAGUCGUUCUCGACCACGAGCCUGCUGGGUGGCUGUCGUCUGGACGAUAACGACGAGGGCUGUCUCGCGGGUUUCUGA